AACAACUUUAAGCGAGAAACCUUAUAUUACAUGGAUAUUACAGAAAAAGGAUGGCCAAGUAAUUUCUGCUGGAUGUGCUUGUGUUGCAGAUGAUGGAACGUGUAAACACUGCACAGCUUUACUGUUUUCCUUGGCUGAUUUUUGCACUCGCCAUAUGGACAGGAACACACAAGUAGGAACAGAUCGCCCGUGCAUAUGGGACAUACCUAGAAAAGUGUCAGUUCCCACAAAAAUUGAUGACCUUGAUGUUAGAUACAAUAAAAAUAAUCCGUGCAUUGCACCUACUUCUGCAGCUUUCCACUCUUCUAAAGUUCAUGAACAAUCCUUGCGAGAUGUAGAAUGUCAUUUGUAUAGAUUGUGUAAAGGAUCAGAUUCUUUACUGCUUCAUGUUCUCGAGCCUCCCUCAGAUGACAGUGAUGAAGAAAUAAAGGAUGAGCAGCCACCAAAUAUGACAAACUAUAUGAGUGAAUUUAUAAGAGAGAAAGUUAAUACAGAUUUUCUUACCUUUUUGAAAAGCAAAUGCGAUAUAAAUUUAAUUAGUAAAAUUGAAGUAUUAACAAAAGGUCAAGGAAAUUGUACUGAGUGGUUCAAAUAUCGUGAAGGCAGAAUCACUGCCUCUCUUGCAUUUUCUGUGUGUCACUUUAGAGAUUCAAACAAAGAAGAUAAUUAUAUUGUAAAAAAAAUCAUGAACUCCAGCUCUGUGCCCCUUUCAACUCCUGCAAUUAAAUAUGGAAAAGAGCAUGAAGCAAUCGCUCGACUUUUAUACCAGGAAAAUUAUAAAAAAGAGCACAUAAAAGCCCAUAUUGUUGAAAGUGGAUUACAUGUGUCCAAGCAAUAUCCAUACAUGGGUGCCUCGCCAGAUGGACUUGUGCAAUGCAAAUGCUGCGGGAAUGGACUUCUAGAGAUUAAGUGCACAUAUACACACAAAGACUUAUCUCCAGAUGAAGUUGCUACAAGGGACAAAAAUUAUUUUGUUUAUAUGGACGACAACAACAAUGUUAAGUUGAAAACAAACACAUCUUGGUAUUACCAAAUUCAGACCCAGCUUGGUGUGUGUGACAGAAAAUGGUGUGACUUUGUCUUUUACACACAGAAAGGAAUAUCUGUCGACAGAAUUUCUUUUGACAAUACCUUAUUUGAAAUGAUUGUAUCAAAAUCAAAUUUCUUCUUCAACAAAUAUGUAAUUCCUGCUCUUAAAAAAAAUUACAAAUGAAAUAUUAAAA